AUGGGGCGCUGCGUGGCUGACGACAAAUGCGAUUUCAGCACACAGUAUUUGUACUCUAUGAGCUCAACUUCGUAUUAUUGCAGUAACAAGCGUGCUGCAGGGGAGACGGCCUCUGGUAGCAGUUGGCAGUGCCUAUCUGGUGUGAGCUUGGGUGGUUAUUGCUGCGCUGAGGGCGUCACAAGCGAAGGUUGCGCAAGUGGAAAGUGCGACUCAGGCACGGGCGCUUGCUCAACGAAGUCUUCGCCGGGCGGAUCAUGCACCACCACCGAUGACUGCUUCGGCGGCAAAGCGUGCCUCGGUGGUGAAGGUAACAAACGGUGCUGUGAUUUCGCAGAAUGGGAGUUCAACGAAAACAACGGUCUGUACAAGGGAUGCAACUCGUGCGGCGAUGAGACCGCACAGGAUUCUUUCGGGGGAUCCAAACCUGGCCUCUGUGAGACGUGUGCAUCUGGGUACACUUACCUCGACGGACAAGCACAUCCAACCAUCACGUUUCGGCCCGGCAGCUAUGAAUUUAUGGGGCGCUGCGUGGCUGACGACAAAUGCGAUUUCAGCACACAGUAUUUGUACUCUAUGAGCUCAACUUCGUAUUAUUGCAGUAACAAGCGUGCUGCAGGGGAGACGGCCUCUGGUAGCAGUUGGCAGUGCCUAUCUGGUGUGAGCUUGGGUGGUUAUUGCUGCGCUGAGGGCGCCACGGCACCCUCGAACGGAGAAUGCUGCACACAUUGCGCCCAAAGCACGGGAACUUGCGCUGUUCGCUCAACUUGUUCGCCGUGUGAUGCCUCGGGUGAUAUCGCAAACGGCGUCGCUUCCCCCUGCACCAGCUCGCUCGCCGCCGGCACAUCGUGCGAGCCGACGUGCAACGGCGGGUACACUCUGACUGGAUCGAGGUCCUGCGACGGCCAGUCGCUGGCGGACACCGCGGCGUGCAACGCGAUAUGGUGUGACCCGGACUACUACGUGGAGGAUAACGAGUGCAAAGCCUGUGCGACUGGGACCACCAGCGCCGGUGGGUCGGCAACCACGUGCACGGUGAACUGCGACGCGAAUCAGUACUGGGAUGGGGACUCGUGCGAGGCGUGCCUGGUAGGCACGACAAGCGCGGGCGGGUCGGCGACUACGUGCACAGCGAACUGCGACGCCAAUCAGUACUGGGAUGGGGACUCGUGCCAGGCGUGUCCGGUGGGCUCGACCAGCGCGGGAGGCGCCGCGACGUCCUGCACGUGCCCGGCGAACAAGUACGCCGCCAAGUCUGGGUCGACUUGGACGUGCGCGGACUGCACGGCGGGAAGGACAAAGGCUGCAAACUCGGCCAUUCCCGGGACCGGUGACGGCGAGACCGAGGCGAGCGCGUGCGGCGCGGCGUCGUCGUGCUCGGCGAACCAGUACAUCUCCGGCGGCGCGUGCACGGCUUGCCCGGCACAGUCCACGAGCGACGACGCGAAAUCAAAGUAUUGCGUUUGCGAUGGCGGACACUACGCGAUAAAAACCGCCGGCGUCUGGAACUGCGCUGUGUGCGAGGGUGCGACUGGGUCCAGGAUCCCGCAGGAGAGCGGCGAGGACGCCAAGUGCGCGUCGGCGCUGAAGGCUGCGGCGGCGAAGUCCCGCGCGGCGUUGCUGGAUGACAUCGCCGACGAGAGUCUGAAGAAGAAGGCCCAGCUCCUGGCGGAUGCGGCGAUUGCCGGUGAGAAGGUGAAGAAGAUUACUUUGAAGGAGGAGGCGAGUGACAAGGACUCCGCGUGCUCGAGCGCGUUCACCAAGGCUGACAUGAAGUCGACCGACGGAGCGUGCGUCGCGACGGCGUCGGCAUCCGGGCGGCGGCGGCUCUCGGCGACGACGUACGACGUGGAGCUUCUGUUCAGCUCAUCCACCGUCAGCGACGAUAAGCUGACUGCGGCUGUGAACUCGCUGAAGGCGAACGGCGUGGAGGGGGUGAAGUCCGAGUCAGCGGUGGACCCGAUCGCCGAGCUCGCGACCGUCGAUGGAGUGGACUCGACGAAGCUCACGACUUUCAAGACGGAGGCCAAGGCGGCAGCUGAUGCGGCGGCUGCGCCCGCGGCUUCAUCCUCGACAUCGCCGCCGCCGGUUCCGCCGCCGCCACCUCCACCUUCGCCGCCGCCGCCAAAGAGUGUGGUGCUCGACGACGACGACUUCGGGACAGCGCUGGACGGUAAGGCUGCGCUGGCGACGGCGAGCGUGUGCGCGUGGGUGCUGCUGACACUCGUGAUGUGAUGUAACAUGUAAAUCAAGCGCCAAUGAAGUUC